CAUCAGCCAACAUCCCCUUCGCCGUGCAUUGCAGCGGAGGAGAAAGUCUCGCAGUUCUAUCUUCUCGGUCGUAUUUCUUUCUGGACUUUUCCCCUUCUCUUAGAAGUCGCUGGUCCAUCGGCUUCGCCCUUCCUUCCCCGUUUGCCGGUUCACCAUGAGAGGCCUCGUCGCUCUCUCCUUCGCGGCCUGCGCUGCCGCGGCCCCCAGGGUCAGCUUCGAGACGAUCCACGGGGACGCUGCGCCCAUUCUUUCGUCGUCCAACGCUGAAGUCAUCCCCAACUCGUACAUCAUCAAGUUCAAGAAGCAUGUCACCGAGGAUUCUGCGUCAGCGCACCACAGCUGGGUCCAGGAGAUCCACACGUCCCGGGAGAUGGAGCGCGCCGAUCUCAAGAAGCGUGGCCAGUUCCCGCUGGUUGACGAUGUCUUCCGCGGCCUGAAGCACACGUACAAGAUCGGCCAGGACUUCAUGGGCUACUCCGGCCACUUCGAUGACGAGGUCAUCGAGCAGGUGCGGAGGCACCCUGAUGUUGAGUACAUCGAGCGGGAUAGCAUCGUCCACACGAUGCGUGUUGUCGAAGAUGCCAAGUGCGACAGCGAGCUUGAGAAGGCCGCUCCGUGGGGCCUGGCCCGCAUCUCCCACCGGGAUGCGCUGGGCUUUUCCACCUACAACAAGUACCUGUACGCUGCCGAAGGUGGCGAGGGUGUGGAUGCCUAUGUCAUCGACACUGGCACCAACAUUGAGCACGUCGACUUCGAGGGCCGUGCCAAAUGGGGCAAGACGAUCCCCACUGGCGAUGCUGAUGAAGACGGAAACGGCCACGGCACCCACUGCUCCGGCACCAUUGCCGGCAAGAAGUAUGGCGUCGCGAAGAAGGCCAACAUCUACGCCGUCAAGGUUCUCCGCUCCAACGGCUCCGGCACCAUGUCUGAUGUUGUUGCCGGCGUCGAGUGGGCCGCCAAGUCGCAUAUCGAGCAGGUCAAGGCUGCCAAGGCUGGCAAGCGCAAGGGCUUCAAGGGCUCUGUCGCCAACAUGUCGCUGGGCGGCGGCAAAACCAAGACGCUUGACGACACGGUGAACGCGGCCGUCGCGGUGGGCAUCCAUUUCGCGGUGGCUGCCGGAAACGACAACGCCGACGCCUGCAACUACUCGCCCGCUGCCGCCGAGAGGGCCGUCACUGUCGGUGCUUCGGGCAUUGACGACAGCCGUGCCUACUUCUCCAACUACGGCAAGUGCACGGACAUCUUCGCGCCCGGCCUGAGCAUUCUGUCCACCUGGAUCGGCAGCAAGUACGCCACCAACACCAUUUCGGGCACCUCGAUGGCCUCGCCCCACAUCUGCGGUCUCCUGGCCUACUACCUGUCGCUGCAGCCCGCCAGCGAUUCCGAGUACUCGGUUGCCCCCAUCACCCCGGAGAAGAUGAAGUCCAACCUGCUCAAGAUCGCCACCGAGGGCGCCCUCACGGACAUGCCCAGUGGCACCCCCAACCUGCUCGCCUGGAACGGUGGUGGCUGCAAUAACUACACGGCCAUCGUCGAGGCAGGCGGCUACAAGGUGGACCGCAAGACCAAGGCGGGCUCGAGCGACAUUGCCGAGUCGGUCUCCAAGCUCGAGGAGCUCAUUGAGCACGACUUCGAGGUGGUCUCUGGCAAGGUUGCCCAGGGCGUCUCAUCCUUUGCGGGCAAGGCCGAGAAGUUCUCGGAGAAGAUCCACAAGCUGGUUGAUGAGGAGAUCAAAGAAUUCCUCGAGGAGAUCGCUGCCUAGACGAUGAUGAUGAGGUAGCCCGUUGCAAUCCGCGCUACCCUUUCUGUUCCUUGUUUCUUUUCUCUCUAUUGUUUCACCUCUGGGAAUAUCGGGACGGGGCAAGUAUCACGGCUGCCUGAGGCGUUUCUUGUACUGUGAAUGCAACACGGGACUCGGUCGCACAUGGAAUCGAUGGGUUGUUCUGCAUAUUCGAGGGUUAACCACGUUCACUCAGUCUAGCAAACAGAGUUUGUCUUUCCGUUUUUCCGUCAUCCGCCGCUGCAGUCGGCAUCGAAGUGCCUUGCCUUGGGGUGCGCUUCUGAGCAGCCUCCGCCCGAGCAGCCUCCGCCUAUGGGCAGUUCCCGGACGAAGCCCCGGGUCGUAGCCGGGCAUCGAAACAGUAGGAGCUCCCGUCUUAGUGUGGCCCUUGUCGGCAUUGCUACUCGGGCCUUGCUCCUUCCCCUUC